AUGAGCAAGGAUGUUUUGGCUAAGAAUAUUAGACGGUAUAUUUUAAGAGGUGGUGAGGAUGGUGAUAUGGAUGAUGAUAGUGAUACUGUUACUGAUGUGAAUAUGGAUGUUGAUAUUGAUAUCGAUAGUUUUGAAAUAACCAAAUUCGACUACAGGAANAUUUUCAACAAAGGUGUGAAUCAAAAUGUCACUUAUACAGAAAUGAUGUUUAAAUUUUUCAAUAUUAAAAAAGAGUCAUAUAUCGAUGAGGCCCUUCGAAGGUUUAAAGGAAAUUUCAAUCCGAAUGAAUGGAAAGAAUUAUUCAUAUUCUUUUGUGUUAUGCCGUUUACCGAAUAUGAAUUCCAGGGUGAUGAUGGAAAUUUACUAAAUCCUGAUACUCU